UUUGGAUUUCUUCAGGGCGCCAACCCGUUCGUUCAAAAGAACCACAAACACCGGAACGCCCUGCCGAGCGAGUUCACUCGCUCCGCCUCUCCCAGCGCCAUGCUGGGAGCUGCAUCUUGCGGGCCUGAAGAACAAGAGCUGGAGCUCUAUGAGAAGCUCUACCAAGAUUUGGGUGGCGGCAUGAUCGACGGCGAGCGGGCAGCGAACUUCUUGAUGCAAAGUGGGCUGCCUAUGGAGGUGCUGCACAGCAUUUGGGACUUGGCCGACAGUGGCGACCAAGGCGCCCUGAACCGGGAACAGUUCUUUGGCGCUUUGAGGCUGGUGGCUUGGGCGCAGAAUGGCCACCAUCCAGAGCCCUCGUUGAUGUCCCGGCUGCCACCCAUGCUGCCGGACUUCGCGCUCUCGCCUCCUAAAGCCGGCCGUCCGCCAUCGGCAAACAGCACACCAACGCGGAACAGCAGCCCCAGGUCCAUGGAACCCAUCAUCACCGCCGGCGCGACGCCCGCCGCGGCGCCCGCGACGCCGGCGACGCCCGGCGCGGCGACGGCCACCACGUCGCGCGCCACGUCGCGGGGGCGCUCCUUGGAGCGACGCGUGUGGACGGAGGAGCCCUUCGAGACGGGCGAAGGAUCGCGGCACCGCGCCUGGAUGGAGCCGCCCGAGGACCCUUUCCGCACCGCUCUGGGUGCCUCUGGUGGCGCCUCUGGCGGCUCUGCUGCGGCAUCGACACCUCGCGAGAUGGGGAGAUUCGAUGGGACUCCGGCAGUGGAUUGGGAGGUGCCCUUCGACGCCCUCGCUGCGCCGAUGCAGGACCCUUUCGACAUGCCACCUGACGAAGGGUCUCGGCACCAAGCCUGGAUCAAUACAGAUCCUGGGGAGGACCCUUUCAGUACCGCUGUGCCAGCCACGACGAUCGCCACCGACACCAUCGUCGACACCGCCUCGACGAUUCGCGAACUCAGUCGACGAUUUGACCGGACUUUGGCAGCGGAUCGCGAGGUCUCUAAGCAAAUUGGCGAGGAGAUGGAGGUUCUAGAAAAAGAACUUCGAAUUGUUCAGGACACGGCGCAGCAGAUGGAGCAACAAGGUGCGCAGGAGGCUCAGAAGCACCAGCGACUACUGGGGGAACAAAAAGCCUUGACCCAAAGACUGACUGAGCAGCAGCAUCGCCUGCUGGAGCUGCGCGACGAGGGCCGUGCCUUGAACUUGGAGAAUCUUUCGAUGCGCAGCGAUCGAAGACACUUGUCCGAAGAGGUGAGCUUUCUGCAGCAGGCGGUCAACCAGCAGCGGCGGUCUUUGGAAAACCUGGAGCACAUGAAUCGUGUUUUCGAGUCCUUCAACAAAGAGAUGGACGCGAAGGCCGAGCUCCUGACCCGACAACGAAAGGAGUUGCCGGUGGCCAAGGAGCAGCAGCUGCAGCGGCAAGAGGAGCGACAGAACAAUGAGCUGCGCAACCUUCUUGAGCGAAGGAAGCGCGAGCAAGCCUCCUUCCUCGCCAGCCACCACGAGCUGCAGCAGAAGCACCAGCUGGUCCGUGCCAUGCAAUCAGAUGAUAUCACCGCGUUGAGUGCCUUGAGACGGACGCCCCCGCCAGAAGGACAUAGCUGGGCGACAUCCUUACUGAAGGGCAACAAGGCCGUUCAAAGCUAAUCCAUCAACAUCAAGAGUUGGCUG